CGCGUUUCCAGCAAGCGUCAUUCCAACAUGCCGGCGCCACAAACUCUAGGCACGACUCAGGCUCGCAGGCCCAUUCUGGAACAUGUAAACCUGAUGAUGGACACAUUCAUCGCGAAUGCAAGCCCCGACGAGUUGCGCGCAGCCGUCCGCGGCCUGCUGUCGUCCAGCUCGCCCGCUGUGGCGUCGACGUUCACAGACGUCGCGCGGCGGAGACUAGCACAAACCACAUCCGCGCCGCUGCCGCCGCCUGAGAGCCUUUUCGCGCGGCGCCCAGGGAGCGGCACGCUCGCGCCCAGCGCCGAGCUCCGGGGCGUCCUGACCCGCGCGCGCAUGCUGUACGGCGUCGGCCUCGGCUUCGCGUCGUUGAAGGUGCUCGCGCUGCCCGUCCGCGCCGCGGCGCACCUCUGCUGGGAGCCCGGCAGCGAGCUCGAGCAGGUCUUUGCCGAGAUCGACGCCGACGUCGGGCAGGCGCUGCAGAGCGCGCGCGAGGAGCUCGACAGCGGCCGCGCGGGAAACCUCCAGGCGGCGCGCACGGCGCUCGAGGAGCUCAAAAGUGCGGUGCGCGAGGGCCAGGCGGCCGUCGCAGGCUGGGGGGAAGCAUAUCCAUUCGAGAGGGCAGCGGCGAGCUUAGAGUUCUGGAAAUUGUAGUAUACUAUGGAAAGCACAAGGAACUGGGUCCUAUCAGGAA